CUGCGGUCGUCCAGCUGCGCGGCCGCGUGAAUGUAAUCGCGCAGCACGCGCUCCUGCGGCGUCGACUUGAGUCCCAGCGAGCUCGCCCGAGAAUUUGUGGGGAGGCGACGCGCGUACGCUACACGCGACUCCGCGCUGCCGUUAACGCAGGAACGGUCGUAGACGGUCAGCGACGACGGGCGUCCGGACCACACUGCGAUCGCGGAGACGGUAACGAGGAUUACGUGCGGAGCUUCAGAUUCAGCAUCAGCGGUGCGGUCGCUCAAAGUUCAAACAGGUCAAUUCGACAGGUCAACUGUAGCACUGCGGCAUCCAUACGACAAGCGCUGGAGGCAACAAGCCAACACCAAAGGAUCCCAACUGACACGAAAUUCUCACGUGAAUACUUCUGACAUGGCUGUCGUCGACGUACGCCGUCCCAAUGGUCCACUGUACCAGGAUAUGGACGGCGUAAUACGCCUCAGCCGAAACUUCACUGUCGAAAUGCUGCGCUCCGCACUCAGCUAUAAGCCGCAGCCAGACGACAAGUUCGUCGUCACGUAUCCAAAGUGCGGGACAACCUGGACACAACACAUUGGCUUCUUGAUCUUCAAUAAAGGCGUGCCCCCUUCGAGUGGCCUGGAGUUCUUCAACAGAAGCCCCUUUAUCGAGAUGCUCGGCGCCGACAGUGUGCGGGACAUGACCCGUCCCGGAGUGAUCAAGACGCACCUUCCUUACAACCUCAUGCCCAUGCACCCACAGGCCAAGUACCUCUACGUAUGCCGCAAUCCUAAGGACACUUGCGUGUCCUUUUUCCACCACACACGGGGUUUCAGUGGAUACGACUUCGCGGACGGCAAGUUCGACGACUUCUUCGAGAUAUUUCUGUCUGGCGAGACCGAGUUCGGGGACUAUUUUGACCACGUCCUGGGUUGGUACGAGCACCGCAAUGACCCGAACGUCCUCUUCCUGCACUACGAAGACAUGAAGGCCCAGCCACGAGAGAGCGUGCUCAAGAUUGCCGAGUUCUUCGACCAAAGCUAUCACAAGUUGCUGCUGGAAAACGAGGACGUCCUCCAGAACGUGAUCAAAUACAGCGACGUCAAAUCCAUGAAGGACUACGCCUUACAGAACUUCACCAACUUCUUCACAAAGCAAAUAGAUGGAGAAGCGCCCGAGGGUCUCAGGACCUUCCACGAGGCAUCGCAGAAGAAUCCUUCUACUGCUAGUUUUAUCCGCAAAGGCAUCGUCGGAGACUGGAAAAAUCAUUUCUCGCCAGAACAAAAUGACAGACUGGAGAAGGUGAUUCUGGAGCGACUAUCCAACACGGACUUGGUGGACACGUGGCGAAAGCAUGGUGUCAUGUAGACGUUCUGUGGCAAAAACAAAAUCCGUCAGCUCACAACAAUUAUGAGUGCAUUAUCAAGUUGCAGAAUUCCCACUCUAAGUAGCGUCCAUGUUUGAACUUUCAUCAUCUCGUAAAACUAGGCCAGACGUCUUGCAAGGACACAUUUUCUUUGAGCUCGUAACUACAGGGCAGCUCAAAAGCACCUUCUUAUAAUAUUCCAGCAGACGUGGUUAGGCGAUUUCGCUCGAACACAUCGAUUAAAAAUGGAGCUUGAAUUGGCAGCUGAA